AUGAAAUUUACGAUGGAGGAGGAGGAGGAGGGGGAGGAGGAGGAGGAGGAGGAUGAAGAGAAGGAGGAGGAAAAGGAGAGCAAUCAGCUGGCCUUUCUGGAUGUCUUCAUAUGCCUCAAAGAUUAUUGUGGCCUAAAAACCAAAGUGUUCAGGAAAACGACAAAUACGAUGCAAGUGCUGAACUUCAACAACUGCCCACUCAAACAGAAAUGUAACUGUAAAAGAACGCCCUACCAGCGUGUCGAAACGCACUGCAGUGAGCCGGAAGACAACAUUGCCGAACAACAAUACCUCCGACGGGUAUUCAAAGCCAAUGGCCGCCCGCACAGCUUCAUCAACCAGUGCAUACGCAGAAGGGACGAAAGGCCAAACCGCAUCGACUCCAAACUUUGGCGAGCGCUUCCGUAUGUCAAUAACGUUUCUGAAGUUGUCGGCAGUCUUUUCGCAUCAGUUGGGGUUUGAGUUGCACACAGACCGAAGGCAACCAUCAGGCGUCAGGUAAUGAAACCGAAAGAUCCGCUGCCACAGCAAGAAAUGUCUUGGGGUCUUUUAUCGAAUAUGGUGCAGUUGCGGACGAAGCAACUACUUCGGAGAGACCAGAAGACAGCUCCGGACGUGAAUGGCCGAACACGCUGCAGCGGUACGGAGAAAUGACGCCGGCUCCCAAGUUGCGGCUCACUCGACGAGAUCCGACCACACAUUCAAAUUCGACGAGGCCAAAAUUCUCGCUAGAGUUGACAACCGCGUGAGGCGAUAGCUGCUUGAGUCAUGGUUCACUGGCCUCCAGUCCAUUAGCAAAUGUAAUGACCUUCCCCUUCCAUACUCGGCGCUGAUACUUCGCCUAGGUGGAGUAAUUAGUCACGCAAGAAGCGCACAGGUGAACAGUUUUCCCGACGCCAGAGUCAGUGGAUCAGAUGGUUGAGCAAUCAUCCUAGCAACAUCCAACACAUGUGAUGAAAUGGCAGCAAUUAACUACGCGAAUGUCAGCCAUCAAACAAUCAGCACCCCAAGGGCAACGAUCCCUAAUGAAGUGGGGGGGGGAGGACUGAGAGCCGUGAAUACUCAUAGGUAUACGGUAGCAUGACGACUGCAUCCUAUAAAUAUUGCAGCCCCUUGUGCAUGAACCACCCAUAUCUGCUUUUGUGUCUGAUGAUGAGUUCGAGCAGGACUGCGAAAUGUUAGGGCGAAUAAAGUUCAUGCCCAACGAUCGCGUCUCAUUCUUUCCGACUGCAUGCUGUGAUUCGUCUUUCCGCAUUUAUAAGCAAGAUGGUGGUAUCUAGCGUGUGUGUGUUCCCCAAGCGGGCCACGUGGUAGAUUCGUCGGAUGGACACAGCGACUACAUUGGGAUCUGGUAGGCGUUAUCAGAAUGCCAACCUUUUGCGAUGCGGUGGCAGACGUCGCGCACAUUGAGACUCCUGCGGCCAUCCCCAUUGUUGUUGUUAGUUAAAGUUCUGAUCAUUUGCUGUGUGCACCAGGAGGUGUGGAGUGGAGCGCCAAGGUGCAUGGGCGACCGUGCCAUCCACGAGCGUCUGCCUCCCGUCUUCUUAAAUCCGUCUUGACACCGAGUCCAAUUGCUUAGGAGGAGAGAGUGGGGUAUAUGAGGCGCAAGUCUACAUUCACUGUAAGGUAAAUCAUGCGCGAAUUGCUGUGUCUGCCUUGCAUUGCUGUGGAGCACACGGUGGACAUCGUCGACAAAGACGGUCGACCUAUCGAGCGUGUGGGGCCUGCAGUUUUAGGUUCACAUGGCGGUCGUAGUAGGUCGCUCACUUGCUUUCAGGUGUAGACUAUGCCUAACGUCCAUUAAAAGAGACCCAACUUUCACAUGUGGCUCCGUGGAAAUGGGACCUGCCCAGCAGCCACGUCCCGACAACCACAUCGACUGGCGGGAGAGGGUGUCAGUGUGUACGUCUCCGGAUACGGUAACUCGGCUCCGUUCCCACCACCGCUGGCGGGAUGGAUUAACGUCUCCGCUUUUUUGAGAUGAGGCUCUGACUGCAACCCCGCAGGAUGCCAUUAGCACUCAGCAAGCUACUAACCAUUGACUGGAAUACCGCCUCCUUACUUCUUCGCACCUAUUCUCCGCCCUCCUCCUCCCCCGCCCCUCACUAUCUCUACGCUACGCUACACUCUACUUUCUUGCCACACGGUCGAAAGUCCAGCAGAUCGUCGCAUCGCCACCUCCAAGAACGGACUUCGUCUGCAAACCCGAGGGAGGCCAAAAGCUAAGUGACCACCCAUCCAGCACUGAGUAUUGCUUUUUUGUCUUUGACAUCUGCUUGCUCUUGCUUGCUUGCCUUUGUCUGUUUUUCUAGGUGUGUCCUUGUUGUAAGAUAAAUACCGUCCUGUUGAAUUUGUUGCUCACCGUUUACAUUUCAACAACCAGUUAGAUUAGCGAGGAACGGGAAACUCUGCUUUCCGUCCUUCUACCCUUCCCUCAUCCCCCUCCCCUCUCCCCACACCCUCAAGUCCUACGAUGAGAGCGACAGAGGUCACGUAGGUGACGCAAGCUAACUCGGGUCGUUCUCCCAGUAAACAAAGUCCUGGCCCACAGUGGGGUCCGGCAGCCGUCUGGGACAAUUGAUCAGACCUAUCCAGGGACAACACUGCUCACCCCCGCGAGGGGAUCGGGACUAUAAAUGCUGCCGCCUAGCGUCCAUUAACUGGCACCCAACUCUCAAAUGUGACUCCCCGAAGCUAGGCUCUGUCUAGUGACCACAAACCAGUAACUUUCUCGACCAGCUGGCGAAAGGAGGUAAGGGUCUCCAGUGUUGUGUGUCCCCACAUCCCUGUUCCACCCUCUUUCCUCCUUCCUCCCACCCCCUACCCGUUUUCUCAUCCCCCUUCCAUCACAUCACAAAGUCAUACGGAGAGGGCAACGUGCAAUUCCGUAAGCGACCCCGGCUAACUCGCGUCGCUCUCCACUAAACGAAAUCGUGACGCCUAGUGGAGUUCGGCAGCCACCUGGGACAACUGAGCAACCCCCACGAGGGAGACGGGACUGUAAAAGGUGCCCUAAAUAAAUUCUGAGGUCACGUCUUCUGCGCGCUGAUCAGGGCUUGCAGGCGCAAAACCCACGGUCGAAACCAUCAAAUACGAAAAAAUACUCUCUCACUUUCCCCUCCACCUAUCCGUCGCCACACGCCCCAGGCUCCUAGGGUGAAUCCGCUCGCCCUGGCAGCCUGGAAUGUUCGUUCCCUUUUAGACAGUCCCUGGAUCAACCGACCGGAACGAAGGACGACGAUAGUAGCUCGAGAACUGGCGCGCUACAAGGUGGUCAUCGCCCGGUCCUCCGAACAAGUCCAAUUAGAGGAUGUGGGUGCCGGCUACACCUUCUUCUGGAGCAGGCGUCCCAGGACAGACCGACGGGACGCGGGUGUCGCCUUCUCCAUCUCGAACGACAUCGUGGAACGACUGUCCUGA